AUGAAGAAUAUUGCACUGUUGUGUUUUGUUUUGGUGGCUUCGGCAUUUGUGCUUGGUACGUAUGAUAUGAAAAAAUUUCCUUCGCUAGUUCUAGCGAUUGUAGGGCGUCAAUCAUUUUGCAAUUAUUUUUAAUAAAACUAAUUAUGCAUGCGCGGGAGAAUUUCCAUCCCGGGUCCGUUUGUUAGUGCAACUCUCUACCAACUGAGGUAUGAGGUCAAGUCGCCAGUUAAUAUUAUUCGACUGACUGAUCAAUUUCCUAAAUCUGUUUCUUGUAAACGAACCGUCGUAAUCAAAAUACUAAAUUUGGACACCAAAUUUCAGAAACCCUUAAAGGGACAGACCUUGAUUAUAAUUUAUUUCAUUCUUUUACAACAAAAGUUGCUCGCGCUGAUGAAGAGACACCAGUUGUCGAUGCUCCCAAGAUGGAGGAUCAGCCAGAGACCGCUGACGUGGUGGCGGACGAAGAACGAACGGAGCCUGACACGGAAAACGACGAAGUCGAGACUGAAAGCGACGAAGAAGAGACGGAAGUAGGUUAUGCCCAAGAGGAUGAAGAGGUCGAAGAAGAUGAAGGUAGGCGUCUAAUUCUAAUAUUGAGCACAUGGUGGGGGAAAGAAUGGUCAUUGAGAACAAAUCUAUUUUUUAGCUAUGCGUAGAUCUUUACAUCGAUAACUUGAAAUAACAUUAGCGAUACAACAUACAUUAAUAUGGCCGUCAUUGUCUAUUUUUGGAUAGCAUAUGCACUUUCACACAUUUGGCAUAUCAAGAUUUCUGGGAAUCUCACUUGUUGUAUUACCGAAAUGAGUAGAGCGUCUUUUUCGGAAGUUGAAAAGACAGUCAGAAGCCACGACGUGACGGUGAAGGAAUGCAGCAUGGAACUUGUAUGCUAUUUUACUUAUUAGUCACUUUAUUUAGUUUGAGAAAUUACCAAUGGCUCGUCAGCGCAAAACAAGUUUUCGAGCAAAGGGUGAACCUUUGUUCAUGCGAAGAAACUGGGAGUAGAAAUGCAAACCAAAUAAAGUUACUAAUAAGUAAAAUAACAUACAAGUUCCACGCUGCAUUCCUUCACCGUGAAGUCAAAAAACAUGAACGUUUCUACUGGCUUUUGACUGUAUUUCCAACUCCCGGAAAAGACACUCUACAUAUUUCGAUAAUAAUUAUUGUCGAACAAUUGAAUAGUUUGAAGAUUAGGUCAAUCGAGCGACAAGCCUAAAAAAGGUUAACCGCAAUAACCAUGGGCUCACUUUAACUUAGUACAAUAUACAUGAAAUUGCCGUUAAAUUGGAGAAGAGUCGACUAUGUACUUCGCUUUGUCAGAUUACCGCAGCAGAAUAGCUGUGUAGCUGGCUCUUUCUGGCAGUGGGCCUAUAAUCUUGGUUAAGUCUAAAGAAAUUAAUAUAAUUUAGCUACUGUACACCCAAAAUUUCCUUCCACAACUGCUCCAACAUAUUAUACAUGUAUAUUUAGAUAUACUUAAUUAAUUGGAUUUUUGUUUCUUUCUAUAAGACAUCGCGCAAAUAGGAGUUAAUAGAGCAGAAAAAGAUAGACAAUAUAACUAUCUAUAGUUUGAAUAAGUUCAUACUUAGGAAUUUACAAACCAUUAAAAAUAUACUCCUUUCUUUAGACGAAACCAGUGAUAUCGCGGACGACGAGUACGAGAAACGAGGUCAGCCAUCUCUCACA